CUCAAGGUCAGUGCGGCUGGCGUGUGAGAGUCUUAACUCUUGUUGUGACGUGAGGAUUAGCCGUGACCCGAGCUGACUUGUAUAAAACAGCGUGAGAAGACGGGGAGCUGGCGGUGAGAGACAGCACACGUUCUCCGGUUCCCAUGGCAGCACACGUGUUCCCGAUGUGUGAGCGCAGCGGGAAGCCAGUGCGUUUCAGCGAGACCGUCAUGGAGAUUUUACUGCGCGAGGCUCGGAACGGGACGGACCCGCGGUACGAGAACCCGCGUGGGAUUACGCUGCUACUGCUGCUGUGUCUGGUUCUGCUGCUCACUGUGUGGAACCGCCACGAGAAGAAGUGCUCCAUUCCAGGUCCCUCGUUUUGUCUGGGGUUGGGUCCCCUGAUGUCCUACUGCAGGUUUAUUUGGAUGGGAAUCGGGACAGCGAGUAAUUACUAUAAUGAGAAGUACGGAGACAUGGUGCGAGUGUGGAUCAGCGGAGAGGAGACACUCGUCCUCAGCAGGCCGUCGGCGGUGUAUCACGUGUUGAAGCACUCGCAGUACACGUCGAGGUUUGGGAGUAAACUGGGGCUGCAGUGUAUCGGCAUGCACGAGCAGGGAAUCAUCUUCAACUCCAACGUCACGCUGUGGAGGAAAGUGCGUACGUACUUCGCUAAAGCUCUAACCGGUCCAGGGCUGCAGAGGACGUUAGAAAUCUGCACCAUGUCCACAAACACACACCUGGACGGUCUGUCUCGGCUGACGGACGCUCAGGGACACGUGGACGUCCUGAACCUGCUGCGCUGCAUCGUGGUGGACAUUUCCAACCGCCUGUUCCUGGACGUGCCUCUGAAUGAACAGAACCUGCUUUUCAAAAUCCACAGGUACUUUGAAACGUGGCAGACGGUAUUAAUCAAACCAGACUUCUACUUCAGACUGAAGUGGCUGCACGACAAACACAGAAAUGCAGCUCAGGAGCUUCAUGACGCCAUUGAAGAUCUGAUAGAACAGAAACGAACUGAACUGCAGCAGGCUGAAAAACUUGACAACCUGAACUUCACUGAGGAACUGAUAUUCGCCCAGAGUCACGGCGAGCUGACAGCAGAGAACGUGAGGCAGUGUGUGUUGGAGAUGGUGAUCGCGGCUCCGGACACUUUGUCCAUCAGCGUGUUCUUCAUGCUGCUGCUGCUGAAACAGAACGCUGAGGUGGAGCGACGCAUCCUCACUGAGAUACACACUGUACUGGGUGAGUUUACACACACACACACACACACACACACACACACACACAUGCUCAGCCCUGAAUGUGUGUGUGUAACAGGUGACACAGAGCUGCAGCACUCUCACCUCUCUCAGCUUCAUGUUCUGGAGUGUUUCAUUAACGAGGCUCUGCGCUUUCACCCCGUGGUGGACUUCAGCAUGCGCCGGGCGCUGGAUGAUGAUGUCAUCGAGGGCUUCAGGGUGCCAAGAGGGACCAACAUCAUCCUAAACGUGGGGCGAAUGCACAGGUCUGAGUUUUACCCCAAACCUGCGGAUUUCAGCCUCGACAACUUCAACAAAUCUGUGCCCAGUCGUUUCUUCCAGCCGUUCGGUUCCGGUCCUCGUUCCUGUGUUGGUAAGCACAUCGCCAUGGUGAUGAUGAAGGCCGUGUUGGUGAUGGUGUUGUCUCGUUUCUCCGUGUGUCCUGAGGAAAGCUGCACUGUGGAGAACAUCGCACACACCAACGACCUCUCACAGCAACCUGUGGAGGACAAACACACCCUGAGCGUACGCUUCAUCCCCCGUAACACACACACGAGGAACCGCAAAGCGUAGCCUCUCCCUCGUCCUGAAGACGUCGCGGAACUUACUGGAAAAGUUACAGCUUUACCUCUGACUGUUACAGAGUGCUGACACUGGAGACUCCUUCCAUCGACGUUACACUAACAUCUCCUUACAGAGGUUACAGACGAGUCUUGUGAGAAAGUGAAGAAGAUGGCGAAUGGAAGGGUUCUGUAUUUUUUAUAAUACUACUUUAUUUACUUUAAUUAUUUAUAUGACAUUAUAUUCAUAAGAUUUGUUAAUAAUAUUAAUAAACUAUGUAUUUAUCUGUAUAUUCACUGCCUCAGUAUAAGAAUACAUUUAUCAGCUGUCCUUCCACUCUCCGUGUUUCUCCACGAACGUUAAGACAUUCGUUAUUUUUUACAUCUAUUUUAUGUAAGUUCACGGAGAACUCUGGCCCGCACUGUGAUUAUAUCAGAAGCUGUUUUCAGACACGACUGUGAAAUGAUUCAGUAUUUAAUUUUAUUUAGCUGAAUGAUUGAAAUAAAAGUUCUGCUCAGUAACCGUGUCGUUGGUGUUGUUCUGAGUUUGACCAGCAGAGGGCUCACUCUCAGCGGACAUUAUUCAACUGGGAAAAGUUUUCUUUUUUUCUUUCUUGGCCAUUUUAAAGUAACAUAAUUUUAAGUGUUCAAAAACUGUUUGUGAGAUUAAAGACCUGUCACUCAUCAGCGUUAGAGUCAAUAAAUUA